GAAAAUGGCGGUUGCGGGAGGAGAUGAGACAUCGUUAGAGUACACGCCGACGUGGGUGGUGGCUCUAGUGUGCUUCAGCAUAGUGUUCAUUUCUAUCACUGUUGAUAGAUUCUAUCAUUGCGCCGGCCAGCGUUUGAAGCAGCACAAAUGGUGGCCGCUCACCGGAGCCUCACGGAAGAUCAAAGAUGAUUUGAUGCUGCUGGGUCUCAUAUCGCUUCUCUUGACAGUAGUCCAAAAUAGAAUAGGGAAGAUUUGCAUAUCAGAGCGACUCGACAAUGUCUUGCUUCCUUGCAAGAAGUCCGACUCUUCUUCCGCCGUUGCCAAUUUCACUACUAGUUCCUUCGCUUCCAGUGAAACACGGGGACGCCGCCUCCUUGCUGCGGCUUCUGAUACUAUGGAUUACUGCAGUCAAAAAGGGGAAGGGCCAUUCUUGUCUGUUGAAGCAGUCCAUCAGCUGGACAUUUUCAUAUUUGUGCUGGCUACCUUUCACGUUGUCCUCUGUGUGCUCAAAGUAAUACAUAUGAUACUGCAAUGGAGCAAUCUGGAGAUAUAUGACAAAAGGAUCAAAAAAUAUGACAUCCAAAAAGGUGGUAACGUUGGUGAGUGCAUCCUCCUCAAGCAAUGCUUACUCACAAAGAUUCGGGAACAUUAUAACAGCCGACUUUACUUCUUCAGAACUUUGGAAGAGUUGUUUGACGAUAGGCCCAACAUUGUCUUGCAUUUUGCUCUUCAGCUCUUGCCAAGUCUGCAGAAAGCGUAUACUUCUUUGACCGAGUAUGAGUACAUGGCUCUUCGUCAGAACUUCAUGGCAUGUGAUCCCAAGGAUCCAGGGAAAGGUUUUCAGAAGUACCUAAUGAAGACUUUGCGAAAGGAUUUUGAGAAAAUGAUGGUAAUCAGCUGGUACUCGUGGUUAGUUGCAGUGAUUUAUUUGCUCGUGAAUGUAGCCGGUAAGCACAUAUAUGCGUACUUAUUCUGCAUAGUAACUAUUUCAAAAUUUGUUGCUCUUAAAUCAUGUCUUGCGUUUGAGCCCGUGAAGGAAACAUGA